CGGAAGAGGCCAGGCGCCGGCAUGGAGGAGGGCGCCCAGGAGCAGCAGCAGCAACUGCGCAGCCUCCGCGACUUCCUCCUCGUCUACAACCGCAUGACCGAGCUCUGCUUCCAGCGCUGCGUCUCCAACCUCAACUACCGGACCCUCGCCAGGGACGAGGAGUUGUGCCUGGACAGCUGUGCUGGGAAGCUGGUGCGCUCCAACCACCGCCUGAUGUCUGCCUACGUCCAGCUCAUGCCCUCCCUUGUCCAGCGCAGGAUAUCGGACUACGAGGCCGCUGCUGCAGCCGGCCAAGCAGCUCAGGAGGCCAGCCCCACGACGGGGGCCCCUGCCCUUCCGGGGCCCAACAUUGUCAGCGCCUCCUAAGCCAACUUGCAAGUGGCUGCCGGAGCAGCUCUCCGUGGGGACUGGGAAAAGAGCUGCCCGGCUCCCACAGGGCCUUCUCCCCCCCCCCUCCGAUGUGGGUCUGGUGUCAGCUGCUUCUUCUUGGGCCCGUCCUCCGUCCCCCCGCGGCCUGAAGGUAACCCAGCGGGCCCCGUCUUCCUGAUGCUGGUCACGUGUGGUGCAUCCCCCAGCCAGCUGUUUUUUGCUCCUGCAGACUCCCGCUCGGCUAAUUCUCAUGGACGUCUUGGAGGUUGUCAAUGUCUGUGUAUGUGAGAUGUACUGCUUCUUAAAAAAUAGUAACAGCCCCCAUCACCACCCUC